CCCCCGGACAAUAGGGGAUCAUGGGGCCCCUGUGUCCUUGCCCACACUCAAAAAAGCCUAUGAAAAAGGUACCAGGGGCAUCUCUGACCCGGGCCUUGGGCAGAGCCCGAGUUUCCAAAUGGUCAGUCCGCCCCUGGACACAACCCUUGUUGUAAAGCUGGAUUCACAAGACAUGCAACACACUUGUGUUGAGGUUAAUUGUGUUUUUUUAACGUGUUAUGCUGUAAUGCGUUGAAGCAUGCUGCACUUUUUUCAGAUGCAAACCCAUUG